ACAGGCAACACAAAUCUUUCACUUCUUGAAAGAUUCUAUUUUAGAUUCUAAAGAUCAAUGCCAGAGCAGGACGAGAUCUGGUCCAGGCUGUGCCUCUUUCAUCAUGCAUGCAGAGAGAAGAUACUGAGAGCCUUUUAAACCCUUUAAAGAGCUGGGGGGAGCUAGCAGACAGAGGAGAUCCCUUCCAGCAGGUGACAGUGUGCUCAGUGUGGGUCUGGUCUGCCUCUCUCCUUAUGUACCCCCACUGGUGAAUGACGACCGGAAUAUGCAGCUAUCCACUGCCUCAGUACUGGACCUCUCAAGGACUGUCCUGGUCACAGAGGACAGAGACACUUUGUAUAACAGCUCAGGACAAUGUAAGAAUAUUCUGCCCCCCGAGUCAGGCUCGUUGCAUGUAGUACACGGCAAUGGUUCUUCUGUUGGGACGGUCAUAAUGUUCCAGUGUUCCCCAAGGCUUGAAUUAGUAGGACAUGGAAUGACAACCUGUGUUUGGAAAGGGAACCAUACCUCAUGGACUACUGGAACACCGACUUGCAAACCACUGUCUAAAUAUGAUACGUUUGGGUUUAAAGUGGCAGUAAUUGCUUCCAUUGUAAGCUGUGCAAUCAUCCUGCUGAUGUCUAUGGCAUUUUUUAUAUGCUGCCUUGUCAAGUGCGUCAAGAAAAAUGAGAGACAACGCUUAGAAAGAGAGAAGGUUGUGUGGCAUCAGCUAGACUGUGACGAUUUGGAAAAUGUGCAGGCCUCAUAUUUUGGGAUCAAAGGCAGAAAUAACAACAACAAUAAGGAAGGGAACAUGAUAAUAUUUGAUGAUUGGAUAAAUAUGGCUUAUGAGAACCAUGGAUUUUGCAGAUGCCAUGAGAUGCAUGCUGGGAAUAUAAGUGCCACUGGAUUUAAGGAACACAACCGAGCACAUUGUACAGGAAAACCAAUAUCCACUAAGCAUUUUGUCCCUGGACACAGUGUGCCUUUACAUACUGUGAGUGGAGUACACGUGGUGGAGAUCUAUGGCCAAGACAAAGAGAUUCAUCGGAGAAUGGAGUCUCAUAUAUAUGAGUAACAAUAAACAAACCAACAUUUUGUAGGGAAUGGACAAAACAAAUACUUGUAUAUAACUACGUGCCUUAAAAAUGACUUGAAUAUUCUUGUAAAUGUGAUCACGUGAAUGACAUAUUAAUGUAAAUUUCUGCAGCUUUAUUCUGAUGCUAGGUGAACGAUAUUUUAAAAAGGGUUGUAACAUUUUUCUACAGAGAGGUUCGGUAUCGUUGGCAAAUGCAAAGGUUUUACUAAAGUUCAAUAGAUAUUUAAUUGGGGAGCAAAGUUUAUUUAGAUAAAUUAUACUUGGAAAAAAGGCAACAACAAAAAAAUAAAUACUCUAGAAACUGUUAUAUAAUGUAAUAUUGCAAUUAAAAUACAUCUACCACUGUUAAUGGGACCCUGUUAAUUAAAUAGUGUUUAUAGUUUGAGAAUAUUGUUAAGAAUGUUUAGAAUGUAUUCACCACCCCAUUUUUUAUUUAUUUUUUUACAAUGACUUCAAAGAGAAAACGGAGCCAAACAUUUAAAAUUUUCUUUUUCUAUAUAUUUGUGUUAUUGUAUCUGCACAAUAUAAAGGGCUCUGUUUUGUUUUGAUCAAGGUGCGAUAAAAUGGCCGAAGCAAUAAAAUAAAGGAUGAUCUGCCAGUCAAGUGCCACCUUUGAAAGGCUUGCCACAAAUAUUUGUCGCCCGGAAUUAAUUUUUGUAUAGAAAUACGGAUACAUUUUGUUACUUUAUUCCCGAUGAUACAGAUAAGUUUUAUAUAGUGCACAUGAUUUACCAUCCUGGAGGCAAAAAGAACAUCGAUCAAUACAGGUUUUGUGUGUAAUCGAACUUGCCUCUCAAGUAAGAAGUUGGCAGUGUAAGCUCUGGGAUAUUGGCACACAGAGUGAUGAGAUAUGUUUUGCAGAUUUUCGCUUUUCCAAUAGAAUGGUUCUCCAAGCUUACAGAUGGACACAAGAUUAUCAAUUAUUGCAGAAUUUCAACUGUAAUGUUGUUUUAUGAGAUAUAAGCAUGAAAAAUGUAAUGG